AUGCGUGACAGAUCCACUGCUAACCAUUCCAACCCUUUCUUCAACUCUAAUUCCCCGUGUCCACUUCUUCCACUCGCUGGAGGAUUGAGGCAGAUGAAAGAAGUUAAAAAAAAAGAAGAUCCCAGGUUGACAACCCCCCGGCGGCUUUCUCUGCCGAGUGCGCACCAACAGUUCCUGUGGCCAAUCCGCUAUGCGCGCUGCGCACCCACUGACGAGAUCAUAGCGUUCGCUGUAACAAUGGUCGUCAUAGCUGUCAUCCUCUUUUUAGCUCUCCAAAUCGGCGUUAAAUCCAUAUCCAGUCUUAGCCGGGUAGCGGGUCCCCGCUGUACUCUGUCACCUUGGGAAAACUCUCCAGUGAAAACUCAUUAUAUUUCCACAGGUUCAUUUUUUCGGACCGAAGCAGCUUUAGCAGCUUCAAAUCCUCUCAGAACAACCUAA